AUGAUGCGACUGCUGGGGUUGUGGGGCGCGCCGGUGUCGCGCGGCUGGUUCUGCUUGGCCAUGGUGGGAUUCGUGGCGGUCACCAGCGCGGGCAAGCUGUGCCUGAACACCCUCGAGGAGCUGACCGCGCUCGCCGACUACGCCUACACUGUGCUUCGGCUGUCUGCCAUUAUAGUGAAGGUUGCCUUCUUCAUUCUGCAGAGGAGAACUAUCCAAGAACUUGUGAAGCAAUUGGCGGACACCAGGAAGACCUACGGGAGAACACAGGCCAAUCAUCGCGUCCGCGACUUCUAUCAACGCCGCGCCACCACUAUCUACCGCAUCUUACAGACAUUCGUGGUGGCACUGGUUUGUUUGUGGGUCAGCGCCCCGCUGCUGCACCACAAAACGACUGAUGACUUUCCUGACUCAGAGGAGGGCGACCGCCGGCCGCCGAUGCCCAUCUGGCAACCCGAGCAGUCGCCGGCCUACGAGACGGUGUUCGUGGUGCAGGCGCUGUGCGGCACCAUGUCGCAGCAGCUCCCCUUGCUGCUGGACACCUCCUUCUACAAGCUGUCGCUGCUGGUGACGGCCGAGUUGCACGUCCUCAACGACUACCUUGCAGUGCUCGGGAGAACGGGCGCGUCUACCGAGAGAAAGGCGAGCUUUCCUACUGACGUGCCUGGACAGAAAAGAGAAGAAGUAGCUAUUCAAUCAAUUAAACGAACUGCUGCUCCACUCACUGAGCAUAACGAUAGUCCAGGAAAGCUGCUAUACAUGCAAUUCGUCGUAAACGUACGUCAUCAUCAUCAUCAGUUCCUAGGGCUGUACAUGGCGACAUUCAAGCGCACGGCCUUCUGCUGUUACAUUGCAAUAAAAGACUCCCUCUCACCUUCAACUCGAAUGCAGAACUCGGGGGAAAGGGUCGGUCGCUUUGUACACAGCUGA